AAAUUAAUUAUGAUACGAGGGUACACAUCUGUAUUGAGAAAAUCACUUUGGUAUUUACCAUCAAUGGGAUUCUCAAAGAAAUUGGGUAUCGGAGAGGCUUCAAGUGUAUUAGAAGACAAAAUUAAAAAUAUCUCUUAAUUGGUAAAAGAAUAUAGUGAUAAUUUAGAAUGACAUAAAAGAAUAUGGUACAGUCAUAUCAAUUGGUGAUGGUAUUGCUAGAGUUUUUGGAUUGACAUAAGUAUAAGCAGGAGAAAUGGUUGAAUUCAGUUCAGGAGUUAGAGGUAUGGCCUUGAAUUUGGAAACAGAUAAUGUGGGUAUUGUCGUGUUAGGUAACGACAGGUAUUUAAUAUAAAUAUAAUUAUUCUAGAGAAAUCUAAGAAGGAGAUAUUGUUAAAAGAACAGGAGCUAUUGUUGAUGUCCCUAUUGGUAUGGAAAUGUUGGGAAGAGUAUUUGAUGCUCUUGGUAAUCCAAUUGAUGGACAUGGUCCAAUUAAAACUAAUACAAGAAGAAGAGUUGAAUUAAAAGCACCAGGAAUUAUUCCAAGAAAGAGUGUCCAUGAACCUAUGUAAACUGGAUUAAAAGCAGUUGAUUGUUUAGUACCAAUUGGUAGAGGAUAAAGAGAAUUGAUUAUUGGUGAUAGAUAAACUGGAAAGACAGCUAUUGCUAUUGAUACAAUCAUUAAUUAAAAACCAAACUUUGAUUCUGGUGAUAAGAAUAAAUAAUUAUAUUGCAUUUACGUUGCUAUUGGUUAAAAGAGAUCAACUGUUGC